GAUGCGUCAGGAUCUCCGGGACUGUGUUUCUAAAAGCGGCUCCACAUUUACAGUGAGCCUCAUUCUGCCGGACGCACACAGUUGGAGACAUGGACAUCUGCCUGCUUGUCUUGGUGUCUUUUCUGUCUAUGUUUCACUUGAGCGGAGCUGACCAGCCUCUGGAAGAGGCGGUAAUUGUAGCAAGAAAGGUGGAGCUGCUUGGGGGAUGGAUUGAUGCCAAUCCGGACAGAGAAGAAGUUCAAAAAGCUGCAAAAGAAGCUGUAGAGCAAUUCAACAGCGAGUCCAAAGCAAAGAAAUACUUCAAACUCAUUAAUGUCACAUCAGCUCGCACUCAGGUGACAAACAGGGUAAACUUCAAAAUAGAGGCCAUUAUUGGAAAGACGAAAUGCCACAAAUUGGAAGGUGUAAACAUUGAGUCUUGUCUCAUGGCAAAAAAGCAACUGACAUGCAAGUUUGAGGUCAGCCUGAACCCAAUGAAUGAUGAUUAUGUCGUGCACAAAAUUAUCUGCAAAAGAUCCUCUUGAAUUUCACUUGGACAACACAUUGCUACGGUUUUGCACUUUUGGAUAUUGAUGGCCCAUUGUUUUGUUAGAAUUUUUGUGAUCUAUUCAGUAGCUUCUGUAUAUUUUUUGUAAAAUCAUACAACAUGGAUUAAAAUAAUCUCCCUUUAAAAGCAAUUUUAUAUUUUGUUAAGAUCCAACUUUUAUCUUUUUUUUUUAAUAAAAUAUCUUCAGAUUCAUGAAGUGACAUCAGUAUUUCUAGACUAUUAAAAACAAGUUACAUAAUGACCUAAUGAUAAGUGAUUUUAUGUGCUGCAUUUUGCCAAGAAUAAACUGACAGACAUUUUCCAGAAAGCUA